AUGGCGGCGUUCAAUCGAUUGACGGAAGCUACCUAUGAGGUUCACGAAUCCGUCAAGGUGGAUACACAGGACAAUGAAGAUCACACUUUCUGUGGAAUCAUGUUCCCCAUCAAAUGCAAGGAUCUAUUGCCUGUCGAUCACAUCUCCAUUCGAUCUGUCGCGGUCAGAGGAGAAUUGGGGCCGCUGACUGUAUGGGUAUCCAAGGAAAAGAAACAGAACAAUAAUAACAAUAACAACAACGCAGCGACGCAUGUCUUUCGACUCAAAAAGUCACACUGGCACAAGGUAUACGAAGCGGUUCAUCCACCUUCCCCACACGAAUACAAACAGCUCCUUCUUAACGAACCCAUCAUUCUCAAACCGGGACAAGUCAGAGCCUUGUACAUUCACUCCACGCUGCCAAACGAUAGAGCCAUUGUAUACGAUAAUGCGGCCUUUUACAUGCCAAGAAGAUUGAUACACUUUGGACAUGGACAUCACCAAAAUAAUAAUAACAACCAAAACAACAACAACAACAACAACAACCAAGAUGAACGAAAACCAAGAUACGAAGAUCCCAUGAUUGCCAUUUACUCGGGACGGGCACACGUUUCCACGGCCAUCUUUGGACAGGAACCCAUCUGGGGAUGGGGCAAUGCUUGGAGAGAUCAUCGAGAAUUUGUCGGACAACUGCACUACGGAGCCGUUUAUCAACUCUGGAAUCCAGAUAGAAAUGUACUCACCAAAUUUGGACCCAAAUUCAACGAAGCACUCUUCAACCUCAAACUAUGCCAAACACGAUGGGAAUCACCCAUAUCCAGAUUGCCCGAUGAAUGCAUCUACUACAUUCUUAACAUGUGCCGCUGGGAUUGGUUCCAAGAUACACCUAACAUUAUGCACCAAAAAAGAAGCCAACAAAGAGCCAAACUCAAAAGAGAAGAAAUGGAACGAAAACGACAAAAACAAGCUGACAUUGAAGCGGCGGCAAGACUACAAGACGCAACCAAACAGGAAGCAACAACAAAUAAUAAUAAAACCGAUAGUGGGCCCAUCUUUGAUGAUGCCAUGGAGGAAGAAGGUGCCCAACAAGAACGAGCAGAACAAGAGCACGAUGACGACGAUGACGAUGACGAUGACGUGCAUUCUACUCAACUAGUGGGUGAGGAAGGCGAAAACAACAAUGGACAAGAAGACGAAGAGGCCGCGCUACGCCAAGCUUGGAUUCGACGACAAUUUGAUCGCAUCAACGUGCUCCGUGCUUUGGCACGGGCACAGGAUGACGAAGACAUGGAAGCGGACGACAACGACAUGGACAUCGUGUUUUGA